AUCUAUAUAUGUUGUAUGUGGGGACCAGGAUCGAAAAUAAAACCGAUUGUACUGGAGUUACAAUGUAAAUGGUUACCGGGAUUUCGUAUAAUUGUGCAAUGGGAAGCAAUCGAAAGAGUGUUUAACGAUAAAAUGUCUUUGUUAAGCUCUCUGCCCAAAACCCUUAAUGGGCUCUCCAAAACUGUUUCUCGUAGCGUUCCGGCUUUAUCCUACCAUCCAAAUGUGAUAGAUCAUUACGAGAAUCCUAGAAAUGUAGGCUCGUUGGACAAAAAUGAUACACGAGUAGGCACAGGUCUUGUAGGUGCUCCAGCUUGUGGUGAUGUUAUGAAACUGCAGAUCAAAGUAGAUAAAAAUGGAAAAAUUAUUGAUGCUAAAUUCAAAACCUUUGGAUGUGGUUCGGCUAUCGCUUCUAGCUCUUUAGCUACUGAAUGGGUGAAAGGAAAAACUGUCGAUGAAGCUUUGAAAUUAAAGAAUACAGAUAUAGCGAAGGAACUUUGUUUACCACCAGUCAAGCUACACUGUUCGAUGCUUGCAGAAGAUGCGAUUAAGGCUGCUUUAUCAGAUUACCGUAUCAAGCAACAAAGUAAGGCAAAUUCCGCUGAUGAUAGCAAUAGCGCAGAGGUAAAAGCUUAAAUGAAUCUCUUUCCAAAAUUAUAGUAUAAAAAAAUAAUAAAAGUACAAUGAUUUUGUGUUACCGUGGACGCAAUUUCAUUAGAUAGGAUAAGUUAUCGCAUGUAUUUUUACAUAUAUAUUAUUUUAUGAUGAUUAUAAAGUCAUAAAAAAAACAUAUAUUCUCUUUAUAGCAACUAUAUAAAGUUGCUUGGUGAUAAAUAUAUAUAGGAUAGAUUAAAGAUAUAUUAUUUUACUUCUAUGUAAAAACGAAUAAAUUCGAUCAUUUAAAACUAACUA